CCUUGCACAAGCAGCGCCGCAGCACGUCGUCGUCGUCUGUCCUGUCCGACUCGUCGUCCGAGCGUCCAAGCUGGUCGGCCUCCGGGAGCAGCAGCCGCCGUCGCACGUCGUCGCCGAGCAGCACCAACUGACCAGCCCGCAGGCCCAUCUGUCGUCGUGGGCCGACAGACAGCAGGUCGCCGCCAUGUCCUUCCUCGCCCUCGACUCCAACUCCUGGCAGGUGAGUAAGGCAGCAGCCGCCCUGUGGGCCAGGCAAGGUGUCCGGCCAAACAACGGCCAGCAGUGGCCACCCUCGUCCGAAGACAUGUAUGAGCCAAGCAUUCACCAGGAGCGUGUGACCGGCCACUCAGGCGGGCUGGGCUCCAUCACGGCGAUCGGCACCGCAGCGGGCACGGCGUCGUUCACGUCGGCGCCCAGGAUGACGCCGACCACCGACUUCCAGCCGCCCUACUUCCCGCCGCCGUUCCCUCCGCAGCAGCAGCUCGACUUCCACCCUGGACACCUGAACCCUGACCCGUACUCGCAGCUCAACUCCCUGCACCAGUCGGCGCACUACCAGCCCCACCAGCUCGGACAGCGCUCGCACGAUGUCCUCCGCAGACCCGACGCUGACUCUCUCCACGUGGCAAACAUGCACUCAGCAGCCGCGUUUUCGUACGAGACAAACCGCCGCAGCGAGUACGGCGUUCGCAGACCCGACGUCCUGGUGCCAUCCGGCCACCCCGGACUCGACGGACAGGACUCGCUGGUCCUGCACAAUGCUCUAUCUAGCGUGGACGACAAUCAGAACACAAACGUUGAAGACAGCGGAUUCAUCAACGAUCUUCCGUUGCUGAAAAGAUUUUUUGCUUCAGGCAUGAAACCUCGCGAGGUCACAAAGGAUAUGGUCCUGAGCGGUGUUUCCGCCCCAACAGACGUCUUCUGCAGCGUACCUGGCAGGUUGUCCCUGUUGAGCUCCACAUCCAAGUAUAAGGUGACGGUGGGUGAAGUGCAGCGCAGGCUGUCGCCACCUGAGUGCCUCAACGCGUCUCUCCUCGGUGGUGUCCUCAGAAGGGCCAAAUCCAAAAACGGUGGCAGAUUGCUGCGCGAGAAGCUGGAAAAGAUUGGGCUGAACCUGCCUGCUGGCCGCAGAAAGGCUGCCAACGUCACCCUGCUCACGUCGCUAGUUGAAGGCGAAGCCAUUCACCUGGCGAGAGACUUCGGAUACGUCUGCGAGACAGAAUUCCCCGCGCGCCAGGUCGCCGAGUACCUCAGCCGGCAGCACGCCGACCCUUCCGAGUCGUACAGACGCAAGGAGCUCAUCCACGCCACAAAGCAGAUAACCAAAGAAUUGAUGGACCUGCUUAAUCAAGAUCGCUCACCGCUGUGCAACACUCGGCCGCAGAUUAUCUUGGAUCCCAGCAUCCAGCGACACCUCACACAUUUCUCGCUCAUCACCCACGGCUUCGGCAGCCCAGCCAUCGUUGCAGCUCUCACUGCUAUCCAGAACUUCCUGACUGAGAGUUUGAAGCACCUGGAGAAGGUGUACCCGAGCGGCAACUCGCACGUGUCGGUGACCUCGUCCCAAAAUCUGGACACCAAGCCGAAGGACCUCGAUAAGAAAUGAGGUUGGCUAAAGCGGGCCGGCAGUAGUGGCUUGUCCGUGUCGCACCCCCAGUCCCACCACACCAGCAGCAGUGGCAGCAGCAAUUACGCGGAGGCGACGCAAGGCAACCCCCUGCAGCCGCCCCCGCCGCCCCACCACCCCCUGGGACACCCGUCGGACGCCCUGUCCAGCCGCCGCUCGUGGGAGCACUUCAAGUAAAACGAACGCAAAGUGCUUUCAGAAAAUCAUUCAAAAUCAACACAAAUGGACAAAUUGAUUAUAUAAUUAUAUCUGGACCACUACUCGCUCUUCACUCUGUCUUGAUUCUUCCAAGGUUAUCAAAGGUGUGAGUCCUGCGUAAAGUACAAUACAUCACAUAUAACAUUAUACAUAUAUUAUGACUCUGGAUUCCCGCCCGUGAAACGCCCACCUGUUUUUAACAUUCCGAUUGAUUUUGGUUCUCAAGUGCUGUAAUGUAAAAAAGUUUCGGCGCGCUCUCUAUGCUGCUCUCAGUGCCACGGACCUGCGCCACUUUGACAUUUUAGAGUGUAAGAAAAUUGCGUGUACAGUCAGAUGACUUACAAAUUGAAGUUUUUUUUUUUAAUUCGUUAGCCAUAAAUGUAAGGGAAAAGUGGAGUGCUGAAUUUUUUCUGGCCGGAGACCUUCGGAAGAGAAGCCCAAUGGCGCCAGCUCAAAGAUUGCGGAGAUUUUUAUUGUAUAGCUCUUUUGUUUUGCCCGUCAGCCAAAAUGUGCUGGGAAUUCUCCUAAAGACUGUCUCCAGGACUAACGUGUAACAUAUCUGAAUACCAUGAUGAUUGUGUCGAAAUUUGCUCUCUGAUAAAAUGGGAAACAUUCAACCCCUGUUUUUGUUUGCCAGACAUAUUGAAUGCUCAAUUUUGUUUAUCUUCGCACAGUGAAUCUAUUUUUACUUAAUUAAUUAACCCUCCAAUAAAAAUAAGACUGCUCCUGUAGCUGAAUUUACAAGCGUUUCAAAGAAGAAAGUACAGAGCAAAAGUGCCAAAAUCAUUUGUUUAGUGCAAACACGCCCAAAUUCCAAAAACGUUUUUGAACCUUGAACAAACAACGCAUUCCAAGAUAUUGAAAGAAAAAAUUGAUCUCACGUUUAAUGGAUAUUAUUUUUUUGUGUAUUCGGGUGCUAUAUAAGUAAUCAAUAACUUUUUUGUAUUAGAAAGCGGUCAGCGCCCCAACAAUAAUACUUUGCAAUAAUUACAAUGAUUUAUUUUACAUAUUUAUUUAGAGCCACUUGAUCGACGUCGAAUUUUGAUCGGCGAGACCAUUUUCUUUAUGAAUAAUAAUUCAUCUUUUGUUGAUCGUUUUGAAUAGUUUUAUCACGUUGCCAAGAUAUUUAAGUUGUAAUUAGCUCAGACGCGUGGCUUUCAAUGAGCCACCGUUUAUUUGUAAAUAAUUAUAAUUCGUGUAAAAACCAAAACCACCCCUAACUCCCUGAGAUUCAGUCUUCUCUUGCGUCUUCAGUAAAAAAAAAAUUAACGUCUUUGUACAUACAGACAGGUGAAAAUUGAGCUGCAAAUGGGUGAGAAGUAGCGGAUGAGAGAGAGAGCGUACGGAUAUAAAGAGUAACCUUUGUUUGUUACACAUUAUUUACAUACUCGCUCGUGUGUAACCAUAUCAUAUCCGCCGUGUAAAGUUAAGAGCCACUCUCGUUGCCAUCUACAGUCAUAAUUGAUUAAGAAAAUAUGCGUGAAUUAAUAGUGCCAAUAGAAAAAAAUCCCUGUUUCAUAUCAAAGGGGCCGCUCGGGAGGGCCCUUGAAAGGGUUAAGAGACGGGCCCCGUUCUUUUUGCAUAAUAGUAAUUAUGUGUGCUUUUGUCACGUACGUACAUUGAUUGUUGUUACAAUUAUUUUUCUAUGAAAACAUAACUGAUGAUCAGCGCUUGCCUCAUUAUCUUGCCAUAAAAAAAAAGAAGAAGAAGAAGCGAAACGUUUUAUGUAUGUAUAAAUAUUGUAAUUAUAUACACAAGUGUAUCUCGCUGAUUUUAAUUAAUCUACCUGUAUACGCAUCUUGUAAAAAAUUGGUUGAGAUUUAAUUACGAACGCUACUCCACUUAUAAAAUAACCAUAACGCUAUCGAAUAAUGGGUGUGAAUUCAUUGAUUAAGAACGUGAACGGUCAUUGCGAGAUUAUAUUAUUAUUUAUUAAUGUAAGUGUAUGAAAAGAAGCCACGCGGAACGCUGAUGACCUUCUCUCACAACAUAAAGUAAUAAUAAAAAGUAAAAAUAAAAAAAAUAAUAAUUCUAUUAUGAAUGUUUAAUAUCGACAAACAUUGGUUUUCCAUAUUGUUUUUGUGAUAAAAUGAUUUGGACGGUUUUUGAUUUUGGAAUUCGUGCUAUAUUUUAAGGAGACUCGCUCGCGAUAUUUAUAUAAAUAGUUUGUGAAAUUGCGACAAAUCUUCAUGUGCAGAAAUAAAUUGUUCAAAUGUAAAAUAAA